GGACGAGCAGGGGUCCAGUGUCAUGAACGGGGCCCACCUGGACCUCGCCAUGGGUGGUCCGAACGGCAUGAGCGGCCUGUUCUGCACACUGUCAUCAGAGGCCAGGUCACAGGAGAGUCUGACUGAGCCAUCGAUCAUGGAUCACCUCAAACCCGCCUCCAUCUCCAGCAUCAGCCAGUCCAACAAAGGCAUCAAUGUCAAGGAGAUCCUGAAGAGCCUGGUAGCAGCUCCUGUGGAGAUCACAGAGAGCGGUCCAAACACCCUACCCUACCCUGACCACCAAGCCAUGAAGAGGGAAGCCCAAGCCAUGUUACCCAUGCAGUUCCAUUCCUUUGACAGGAGUGUGGUGGUACAGGCCAAGAAGCCUCUGGCAGUGAAUACAGUGGGCAGUUCGGGCUCCAGCAGCACCCUGACCUCUGCUAGCACCCCAAACAUCUUCACUGCUGCUUCAUCCACUACACCCAAGAGUAUGAUCAACACUACAGGAGCCACAGAUGCGUCCACCUCCUCUUCCUCCAGCUUUGUGAAUGGAGUCACCAGCAAGAAUCUGCCUGCGGUCCAGACUGUGGCCCCCAUGCCUGAGGACACCAUGGAGAACAUGAGUAUCACCACUAAACUGGAGCGAGCUCUGGAGAAGGUGGCUCCAUUACUGAGGGAGAUCUUUGUGGACUUUGCACCUUUCCUCUCUCGUACACUGCUGGGCAGUCAUGGGCAGGAGCUGCUCAUUGAAGGUCUGGUGUGCAUGAAGUCAAGCACCUCAGUAGUGGAACUAGUUAUGUUGCUGUGCUCUCAGCCCAUCACUCUUGCGCUGGGAGUCCAUAAGGAAGCCAUUACCUCAGCAUCUCUUCCUCAGAAUCCAGUCGGCGGAGAGCUCGGCGGGGCGGGAGCUUUUAGUCGUUGA